CAUCGCUCGUCUUCCUUGCAGCUUCUCCUUUCUGCAUUCUUGUGGUUCCAAAAGGCUUGCCUGCCUCCAAAGCUGGGAUCCAAUGGCAUCCUCCUACAAGAUGAAAGGGAUCUUCAAGAGCUUCAAGAUCAUCUCUCACAUCUUCGCGGCGAAGGAGCAGGAGAUGGAGAUCGGCUGCCCGACGGACGUGAAGCACGUCGCGCACAUUGGCUGGAACACCUCCACGGGGUCGCUGACUGGAAAUGCUCCUGCAAGCUGGAUGAACUCCAUCGGAGGAUCGUCUGAUUUUGGGUCUCUCGGCAACUUGGCGCCGUCCGCAGGGACCUCCUGGGCUUCACAAGAUUUCGAGCCCCGAGACGUAUCUCCUGUCGACAUGGCUUCAGAGAUCACCGGACAACAAGACGCCGCAGCAGCUCUGACGUGCGUCCCUGACGUGCCACGGCCACCGAAGAAGACGAGGCGCGGGAGGAAGAGAACGGCGACCAGCUCUCUAGCAACUUCGUCGAUGCAAAAUGAGUCGUCAGUGUCAGCUUCGGCAGCCGACACCGUUGGCACGAGCGACACGCGAUGCAGUGACCCAGAUGGAGAUCCUGAUUUCAUUGUACAGGGAAGACUCUGAGUGUGCUGUGUGCUCAACUGAUCUCGCCGAGUGGCGUCGACCUAACUGAGUUGAUUCACAUCUUAACUUCGGAACAAAUUUGUAUACCAUUUGUAAGUGACUGAUUUGGGAUGCCUGUGAGUGAGAUGCAGUUAACUGUUGCAAAAGUCGA